AUGUGGUCUCAGCCCCAGCUCUCCCUCAGCGUCCGGCGAUCCCCCGGACCCAGAGUCGUCUCACCUCCUCCUCUAGGCGCCCCUCGGCUGCUCUCCAAUCCGCUCUGCUCCUCCCAGUGGGGCUCAUCUAGUACCCGCCCCACUCCGCGCCCUAUCGGGGCCGCGCCUUCCCCUCAUAUUCCCCCCAACUCCGCCCCACCCCGGUUCCAAAUCCCAGCCAGGAGUCGAGGCUGGAACCUGACGGAGGCUGGAACUUGUCAGCGGCCGGAGCCACGCUGCGUUCCGGAGGCAGGGGAAGAGAGUGGCUCGCAGAUAGGUACCCGGAGCUCCAUUUCUUGGGAAGUACAACGAUUCGACGGCUGGUACAACAAUCUUGCAGAACGCAGAUGGGGCAGCAAGGGUUCCCGACUGCGGCGUCUGGUUCCUGCCACUUAUGCAGACGGUGUGUUUCAGCCCUUGGACGAGCCGCACUUGCCCAAUCCCCGGAAUCUCAGCAAUGCCGCCAUGCGCGGUCCAGCAGGGCAGCCCUCCUUGCGUAACCGGACAGUGCUGGGAGUUUUUUUUGGGUAUCAUGUGCUCUCAGACCUGGCGAGUGUGGAGCGGACAGGUUGUCCUAUUGAGUUCUUGAAUAUUAACAUCCCAGCUGGGGACCCAGUGUUUGACCCCAGUCAGAAGGGAGAUGUGGUGCUUCCGUUCCAGAGAAGCCAAUGGGACCCAGACACUGGACAGAGUCCUAGCAACCCCCGGGAUCAGACAAAUGAGGCAACUGGCUGGCUAGAUGGUAGCGCCAUUUAUGGCUCCUCUCAUUCCUGGAGCGAUGCAUUGAGGAGCUUCUCUGGUGGGGAGCUGGCAUCAGGGCCAGACCCAGCUUUCCCCAGGCAUUCUCAGGGAGCCUUCCUUAUGUGGACAGCGCCAGACCCUUCCACAGGGCAGCGUGGCCCCCAAGGGCUAUAUGCCUUUGGGGCCCAAAGGGGGAACCAAAAUCCAUUUCUACAAGCCCUGGGUCUCCUCUGGUUCCGAUAUCACAAUCUGUGGGCUCAGAGGCUGGCCCAGAAGCACCCAACCUGGGAUGAUGAGGAGCUGUUCCAGCAUGCACGCAAAAGGGUCAUUGCCACCUACCAGAACAUCGUUUUGUAUGAGUGGUUGCCCAGUUUUGUACAGAAAAGGACUCCACCAUAUGGAGGAUAUCGGUCAUUUCUGGAUCCCAGCAUCUCCCCAGAGUUCCUGGCAGCCUCCAAACAACUAUUCUCCACUAUGGUUCCCCCGGGUGUCUACAUGAGAAAUUCCAGCUGCCAUUUCCAGAAGAUCACCAAUGGGAACUCAGGAGUCUUCCCGGCUCUUAGGGUCUGCAACAGUUAUUGGAAUCGAGAGAACCCAAACCUGCAUAGUGCCCGAGGAGUGGAUGCGCUGCUUUUGGGCAUGGCCUCCCAGAUUGCUGAGAGAGAGGAUCAUGUGGUAGUGGAGGAUCUGAGAGAUUUCUGGCCGGGGCCGCUGAAAUUCUCUCGAACCGAUUACUCAGCAAGCUGGCUACAACGAGGACGGGACCUGGGGCUGCCUUCUUACAACCAGGCUAGGGUGGCUAUGGGGUUAACCCCAGUCUCCCGGUGGCAAGAUAUCAACCCUGAACUUUCACAGGAGAAUGGCAUUGUCCUGGAGGCAACAGCAUCCAUGUACCACUACGACCUAUCCCGGUUGGAACUGCUUCCUGGGGGGCUCCUGGAGAGCCGAGGGGAUCCUGGGCCCCUCUUCACUGCCCUCAUCCUUGAUCAAUUUAUUCGACUUCGGGAUGGAGACCGAUACUGGUUUGAAAACACAAGGAAUGGUUUGUUCUCCAAGGAAGAGGUGGCCACAAUACGAAGAACCUCCUUCCGUGACGUCCUGGUUGAUGUCACCAAUGUGGGUCUGGAUGCCCUGCAGCCCAAUGUCUUUAUCUGGAAAGAGGGAGACCCCUGCCCACAACCUCGGCAGAUCACCACUGAAGACCUGCCCAGCUGUGUACCCCUGGUGGUGAUCGACUAUUUCAAAGGCAGUGGCUUUGGAUUUGGUAUCACAAUUGGGGCACUCUGCUGCUUCCCAUUGCUCAGCCUGCUGAGUGCCUGGAUUGUGGCUCGACUCCGAAGAAGGAAUUUCAAGAGGCUUCAGGUCCAGGAGCGACACAGCAUCAUGUCUGAGAAAUUCGUUGAGGGUGUGGAAGCCAUUGAGUGGCAGGGCAGGAAGGACCCCUGCCGGCCUGUGUUCCUGAACCUCCAGCCUGGGAAUCUUCAAGUACUGGAUGGCCGGCUCUCACUUCUCCGCACCAUCCAGUUCCGGGACUCCCAGAAGAUGAACUUGAUCCAAUCCAACAACCGGGGCCGCCGGGCACUUCUGCUCAAGAUUCCCAAGGAGUAUGACCUGCUAUUGCUGUUUAACCUAGAAGAGGAUCGGCAGGUUUUUGUUCACAGUCUUCAGGAAACCCUGAAGAGCAACGGGCUGGGUUUCCAUGAGUCGGAGCUUCGAGAACAGGAAAUGAUGAGGGCAACUGUCACUAGACAGCGUCGAAGCCAUAUCUUGGAGACCUUCUUCAGACAUCUCUUCUCCCAGGUGCUGGACAUUAACCAGGCAGAUGCAGGGAACCUGCCCUUGGACUCAUCUCAAAAAGUGAGAGAGGCCCUGGCCUGUGAGCUGAGCAGGGCAGAAUUUGCUGAUUCCCUUGGUCUCAAACCUCAGGCCAUGUUUGUAGAGUCCAUGUUCUCUCUGGCUGACAAAGAUGGCAAUGGCUAUUUAUCCUUUCGGGAAUUCUUGGACAUCCUGGUGGUCUUCAUGAAAGGCUCCCCUGAGGAGAAGUCCCGUCUCAUGUUCCGGAUGUACGACUUUGAUGGUAACGGGCUCAUUUCCAAGGAGGAGUUCAUCAGGAUGAUUAGGUCCUUCAUUGAGAUUUCCAACAAUUGCCUGUCCAAAACCCAGCUGACUGAGGUGGUAGAGUCCAUGUUCCGAGAAUCUGGUUUCCAAGACAAGGAGGAGCUGACCUGGGAGGAUUUCCACUUCAUGCUGAGGGACCAUGACAGCGAACUCCGAUUCACCCAGCUCUGUAUUAAAGGUGUGGAAGUUCCUGAGGUCAUUAAAGAGCUAUGCCGACGAGUCUCUUUCAUUAGCCAGGAUAACAUUUGUAAUUUAGCUGAUGAGACACCAGUGCAGAUGUUCAAGUGCCCGGUGAAUACAACAGAUCCACCUCAGGAGGUCCGAAAGAGGUUUGGCAAAAAGAUGACAUCGUUCCAGCCGCGACCCUUCACAGAAGCACACCGGGAAAAGCUGCAGCGAAGCCGUUGGCAUCAGACUCUUCAGCAAUUUAAGCGAUUCAUUGAGAAUUAUCGUAGGCAUAUUGCCUGUGCUGCAAUCUUCUACAUCAUUGCUGGAGGGCUUUUUCUGGAGAGAGUCUACUUCUAUACCUUUGCAGCACACCACAUGAGCAUCACAGACACUACACAGGUGGGCAUUAUCUUGUCCCGAGGGACAGCAGCCAGCAUCUCUUUUAUGUUCUCCUACAUCCUGCUUACUAUGUGCCGCAAUCUCAUCACCUUCCUACGGGAGACCUUCCUGAACCACUAUGUGCCCUUUGAUGCUGCCGUGGACUUCCACCGAAUCAUUGCUGCUACUGCUAUUGUGCUUACAGUCCUGCAUGCCAUAGGCCAUGUGGUCAACAUCUACAUGUUUUCCAUCAGUCCACUUAGUGUCCUGUCUUGUCUCUUUCCUGGACUCUUCUGGGAUGAUGGGUCUGAAUUACCUCAGAAAUUCUAUUGGUGGUUUUUCCAGACAGUCCCAGGCUUGACAGGAGUUGUCAUGCUCAUGGUUCUAGCCAUCAUGUAUGUCUUUGCCUCUCACCACUUCCGCCGGCGCAGUUUCCGAGGCUUCUGGCUGACCCAUCACCUCUACAUUUUGCUCUAUAUCCUGCUCAUAAUUCAUGGCAGCUUUGCCCUCAUCCAGCUGCCCCGAUUCCAUUUAUUCUUCCUGGCCCCAGCUCUUAUCUAUGGUGGAGACAAACUGGUGAGCCUGAGCCGGAAGAAGGUAGAAAUCAUCGUGGUGAAGGCUGAGCUCCUGCCCUCAGGUGUGACUCACCUUAAAUUCCAGCGGCCCCAGGGCUUUGAGUAUAAGUCAGGGCAGUGGGUGCGUAUAGCCUGCCUGGCCCUGGGGACCACAGAAUACCAUCCAUUCACACUCACCUCUGCGCCCCAUGAAGACACUCUCAGUCUUCACAUCAGGGCUGUGGGACCCUGGACUACUCGACUCAGAGAGAUCUACUCGCCCCCACCAGGCUCCAGCAGCAUCAAAUACCCUAAGUUAUACUUGGAUGGGCCAUUUGGAGAGGGACACCAAGAAUGGCACAAGUUUGAGGUAUCUGUGCUGGUGGGUGGGGGCAUUGGGGUCACCCCCUUUGCCUCUAUCCUCAAAGAUUUGGUCUUCAGGUCCUCAGUAAGCUGCCAACUGCCCUGUAAAAAGAUCUACUUCAUCUGGGUGACAAGGACCCAAAGGCAGUUCGAGUGGCUGGCAGACAUCAUCCGGGAGGUGGAAGAGAAUGACCAACGUGACUUGGUGUCUGUGCACAUCUACAUCACCCAGCUGGCCGAGAAGUUUGAUCUUCGGACCACCAUGUUGUAUAUCUGUGAGCGGCACUUCCAAAAGGUGCUGAACCGGAGUCUCUUCACUGGCCUGCGCUCGGUCACCCACUUUGGCCGUCCUCCCUUUGUCCCCUUCUUCAGCUCCCUACAAGAGGUCCACCCACAUGUGCGGAAGAUUGGGGUAUUCAGCUGCGGCCCCCCUGGAAUGACCAAAAAUGUGGAGAAGGCCUGUCAGCUCAUCAACCGGCAGGACAAGACUCACUUCUCCCAUCAUUACGAAAAUUUCUGAGGCUACAUAGUGAGCUUCUGGUUGCCUACCUCUGCUCAGCUGGAACUCAAGAAACCCUAACCCAGCCCCCCUACCUACUGAGGUAUCUGGGACUUCAGAUGAUUGGAGUCACACAUGAGAACCCAGGCUAUGCCCCAGCCGAUUAACCUGGAGCCAUGAUGAUUGCAGGGGGAGUAACAUGAGGAUCACAGCCUGUGGUUGAGGGAGACUUCUUUUGUGGGAGGGGGAGGAAAGAAAAUAAUCCCUUCCCAUAUAGGUUAGUGUUUCUGUUUCCUGCAGUUGAGGUGGGAAUGGGGUGCAGAUGCUGCAUCUUUGAAUUCUUCCCAUUGUAUGUGAGAAAACACAUGUAAAGAGCUUUGCAAUACUAGCCAAAUGCUAGAUAUUAGCCCCUUCAAGGGUUGAUAUGGUUUUGGAGGAAUGGAUGACUACAGGAGAGGGAAGCGAGCAUUUAAUCUUAUACCUUUCUAUGGAUUUGAAGUCUCUCCCUCCCCUCCUCACUCAGGCUUCCCCCAGUAUCCUAGUCCAGCUGUACAGUACUGUCUCAUGUUUUUAAAUAGCUCCAGUUUCAUUUUAUCACAGACUUUGGCCAAGGGUUUUCUAUUCCAGUCUUCCAUUCAUUCAGGUUUCUCCUCUCCCCCAUUCCAACUGGAAUAUUUUCAUUCCAUUCAUUUACUGUUCAGUACAAAUAAAUAAUUUCCUCUCGUCUUA